AUGAUGGAAGAAUUCAAGCAAAAGGCUUUGUUAUUGUUUGAUAUAUCCGCAUACUGUAGUUCGUCCAAAACAGUUGAUAGUGAAAACGAUAAGAAGUACGAAGAACCUAAGCCUAAAGUUAAUCCAUCAUGGCAGAUGAGAAUUAAAUUGAAAAAUACUGCAUUGAUAAGUGAUCGGUUUGGAGUAUCAGAUAGGGCAACAGCAGCUAUCGCUUCCAGUGUGUUACAAGAUGUUGGAAUCUGUGUUUGGCGCACCACGCCGCGGCGGAUGCCUGGCCGCCUCGCCCACCACGAGCACAGUGCUCGGAGCACAGUGCUGUACAGCGGCCCCAGUGCAUCGCGCUGCGAGUCUGGCUCCCCGUCAGCGGCCAUCCAGCCAGCGCACCGAGCCGCCCGCCCGUUGGCGCGCGGUACGUCGCAUUGCCCCAGCCACCAUGCACUCACUGAAAACAAAGGUGUGGCGACUGGAGUCCUAGCGGCCACAGCUGUGGCACAGCGGCCUAGGGAGGUCGCCUGUCUGCGUGUAAUAUUCUAG